AUGGGGGACCAGAGUCUACGAGAGAAUCAGCAGAGGCAAACAGCUGGGUACAAAACUCAGCUGCCUUCCAAGUGUGUCUUGAAGCACAAGGAGGAACAAGUGAAGUUCCCCUCCUUGCUAGAGAGCCAGCGCCAGCAAUUUCUGAGGGAAGAGCUCGAAGUCUUCGGGAGAGACUGUUCUCUCAGUGAAGGGCUACUGUCGCACACCAUCCAGGGGACGUUUUUCCCCAGGAUUUCUCAUACAGUGUCCAGUACUGCCACCACGAAGAGUCAGCACGCGGUGGAUCCUUCGUUUCACAUGGAAGAUGGUUCUGCAGACUCCUCUUUGCUGCAAGUACCGAAAUACAACCACAAACUGAAUAAUAAGUGGCCGUUUGGGGGAAAAUCAGAGGGAAAUAAGAAGCACAGCACCCGUGGGAAACUCCCUCAGAGAAAAUCCAACCUGGCACUUCCCAAGGGUCCUGGGUCAAUUCAAGGCAGUUGGCUUUCUGAAGGAGCACACCAAAACCAAGAUUUGCUUGACUCUCUUUACUAUACACACAUGCAAAGUAGAAGUGGUGACUUGAGUGAAUGUGAUGAAACUUUUGGGGAAUUGGAUGUGGUGGAACAACUUGAAAUGGAGGAUGGAUGCCAACUAAGCCAUGAAGACUCCUUAGACAAGAAAAUUGGUCUGUGGCCAUGUGGGCUCAAGCACUUAAGUGCACUGGGCAAAGCAGAGGACAUUAGACCCUCCAAACAGGAAACAAACUCUGGGAUGAAAGGCCGGCAAUGGCAUGGUCCUCCUAAGCCCACCAAGGAGAAGAUUAAGUACAGGCCAUCAAACCAGAAAGACAAGCAGUCAAAAACACGAAAAAAUAGUGAGUCUGUGGCUGAGCCCAAGAUUUUACUUGAAAUUGAAGGUAGAAACUUCUGUCAACCAGACAUCUUGGAAGACCUCUAUGGAACAAUUGCUUUUAAGGACUUCAUUGUCAGCAAGGGCUACGGUACGCCAGGCAUCCUUAAGAAGUUGUUUGUGAGGAAGGGAUGGGAUUAUGCCUCUGUUAGUUAA